AUGUUGCAAUUGGCAUCUAACCAGACUCAAAACUGUCCGUUUUGGGAUUACGACGACUUGUCCAUGUGCAGCAGGUCUAGGUACAUCAACCUUUAUCUCCCAUCGCUUCUCCUGCUCUCAUCGGUAUGCUACUUCUCUGUCCAUAUCUCAUUUGCGUACUACAAAUACAAUAUACUAAGAGUUAAGCAAACUGAUGUGUUCUCCCAAUUGUGUUUCGGUUCUGCUUCUGAAGAGAGCGAACCUUUGCUAAACAAUUCCACCGCAGAUUCUUCAAACCAUGGCUCAGUUGAUAAGAACUCAAAAGGAAGCAUAGAAGAAAGACAUUUCACCAUACAAAAUUUGGAUUUAUUAAAAUUGAAUGGUGACUCAGGAACUCAAUUGGAAUUAGUCAAACGUAACUACAUGGAGAAACUAAGAGUAAUUAUAGAGUUCAUCUUAGUUCUAUCACAAACGCUUAUUCAGUUUACAUCCUUGAAAUACAGUUACUACAAUGAAAUUUCAACAGAAUUAACUUUCACGGCAUCAAUGAUCCUUUCAAUGUUAUGGACUCUUCUAUUAGUUAAUGUAUGUCUUCGUUUAACAAACUUAGAACAAAAUAAACCAUAUAUUAUUUACUAUAUGGGUAAUUUAUGGACUAUCUCAUUCAUUUCCUAUUUUAUCCUUACAUUGUUCAAUUCAUUGAUAUUCCGAUCAGUGCUGCUAGGACACAUCGAAGACAACACAAUCAGUCAUUACUAUGUACUGACAUUCUCUAUUACUGCUCUUUUAACUUUGAUGCUGUUCUUCGCGCCAAUUAGAAACUCAUUACCAAUCGAUUAUAAAACUCACUCAUGGAUCACUGCGUCACCUGAAUCAACUGCAUCAUUAGCAAAGUUCAUUACUUGGGGCUGGUUGGAUAAAUUCUUAUUACAUGCAUACUUAACACCCAUCGAGGCUAAAGAUAUCAUGGGUUUGAUUUUGGAGGAUUAUUCCAUUUUUUCCAUUAAGCUAUUCAAAACCUAUGCCAAAACUUUCGAACACACUGACAGAAAAUUCUCAUAUAUUCUAAUGAAAUUUUUUAUAAAUUUUGUCUUGUUCCAAACAUUUUGGGCUACCAUUAGUGCAUUUGUGAGUUUUGUUCCAACUAUAUUACUACAGAGAAUUUUACUGUACGUCGAAGAUUCCUCUUCAGCUCCCGCAAAUUUAGCUUGGUUUUAUGUCUUCUGUAUGUUUCUAGCAAGAGCAACUGUCGCUGUUUCUGACGGUUUAGCUUUAUUUUUUGGCAGGAGAAUUUGUAUUAGAAUGAGAAGUAUUAUUAUUUCUGAAAUUUAUUCAAAGGCAUUAAGAAGACAAGUUUCUAAUAGUUCCGACGCUGAAAAGUCAAAAGAUGACUUUGAAAUUGACCCACAGGAAGAAAAUGAUAAGAAAAAUGUAAAUGGUGACGAAAAAUCAAAAACAGCAAAUUUAGGUGCCAUUAUCAACCUAAUGGCAGUAGAUACAUUUAAAAUUGCAGAUAUCGGUGCAUACAUGCAUUUUUUUGCCGGUUCAUUUAUUAUGACUAUAAUUGCCCUAGUUUUAUUAUAUAAACUUUUAGGCGUUGCUGCUAUAGUCGGUACAAUUUUAUUGUUGUGCAUGAUACCAGUUAGUUUCAAGUUGGCAACUUUACUUGGUGAAUAUCAAAAGAAAACUUUAGCAGUUACAGAUCAACGUAUCCAAAAAUUAAAUGAAGUCCUUCAAGCUAUUCGUAUUAUCAAAUUCUUUUCUUGGGAAGGCAAUUUUGAAGAGGAAAUAUUAACUAUCAGAGAAAAAGAAUUGAAAAUCCUAUUAAUUAGAUCUGCAGUUUGGGCAUUAGGUGGAUUUGUUUGGUAUUUAACGCCAACAAUUGUUACGGCUGGUUCUUUUGCUUACUACAUUUUUAUUCAAGGUGAGCAAUUAACAACCCCAGUGGCAUUCACUGCUCUUUCAUUAUUCUCUUUAUUGAGAGGUCCACUUGAUCAAAUAUCUGACAUGGCGAGCUUUGUUAUCCAAUCCAAGGUUUCAUUAGAUAGAAUUCAAAAAUUCUUGGAUGAAGAUGAUACGAAAAAGUACGAACAAUUAUCUCUUGGUAACAAAAUAUCAUUAGAAAAUGUUACCGUCAGUUGGAAUAAACAAAAACAAGAUUUCAAACUAAGAAACUUGAAUAUUGAUUUUAAAGUUGGUAAAUUAAAUGUCGUUAUUGGUCCAACCGGUUCUGGUAAGACUUCCCUAUUAAUGGCAUUGUUAGGUGAAAUGCAUUUGUUAGAGGGUAAAAUUACUGUUCCUUCUUUAGAUCCAAGAUGUGAGAUGACUUUUGAUUCUGAUGGAUUAUCAAAUUCUAUGGCAUAUUGUUCACAAGCAGCAUGGUUACUAAAUGAUACUGUUAAAAAUAAUAUAUUGUUUAAUGCAGAAUAUAAUGAAGAAAGAUACCUUGCAGUUAUUAGUGCUUGUGCAUUAAAACGUGAUUUUGAAAUAUUGGCUGCAGGUGAUUUGACUGAAAUUGGCGAAAGAGGUAUAACCCUUUCCGGUGGUCAAAAACAAAGAAUUUCACUAGCAAGAGCAUUGUAUUCCUCUUCAAAACAUAUACUUUUAGAUGACUGCUUGAGUGCUGUUGAUUCACAUACUGCUGCUUGGAUUUAUGAUAAUUGUAUUAUAGGCCCGCUAAUGGAAAACAGAACGUGUAUUCUUGUUUCUCAUAAUGUGGCUUUAACUUUAAAGAAUGCAGAACAAGUCAUCAUGAUAGACAAUGGUAAAAUUUCUCAUAUUGGAGACCCUCUUACAUUAUUAAAUAAUGGUGUUUUAGGCGAAGAUGAAAUGGUAAAAUCGAGUAUCCUUUCUAGGCACAAUUCCUCAACAAAUCUUGCAAGCAAAAGCGCAACGAACAUCAGUGAAUUAGCAGCAAUGACAAGAUCAUCAAAAAUAUUAACUGAUAAAUUGUUAUCUGAGUCAGAAAGAGCAAAAACUGGUAAGCUAAUUAAAGACGAGGCCAAAGCUGAGGGUCAUGUUGAUUUCGCUGUUUAUAGAUGGUUUUUGGAUAUUUUUGGCGGUGUUCCAAUGUUAGUUUUUCUGUUAUCAAUAUUUUUGCUAGCUCAAUUCAUCUACGUUACACAGUCCUGGUGGGUUCGAUAUUGGGUUACUAUUCAAAGUUCCGAUGUAGUCUCAACUAUCUUUUCUAAAUCUUCUUUAAUGGCAAGCAGUGUUAAAAUCAUCAACCCAUUCAAUAUUUUAUUGAACUCCUGUGAUUCAAAAUCAGCAUCUGAAUAUGUUACCCAAAAGGUUAAUAACCACACAACCAAAUAUUACUUGAUAAUUUAUUUUGCAAUUGGUUUAGCGCAUUCAAUCCUUGGUUCUAUUAAAACUAUGUUAAGUUUUUAUGUUGGUAUCAAUGCCUCUAGGAAAAUAUUCAAAUUAUUAUUAUCAAAAGUGUUGCAUUCAAAAUUGAGAUUUUUUGAUAGCACACCAAUAGGUAGAAUUAUGAACAGAUUUUCAAAAGAUAUUGAAGCGAUUGAUCAAGAACUUACACCCUAUGUUGAAAGUGUUGUUUACAAUUCAGUUCAAUUAAUUGCUACAGUUCUAUUGAUAACUUACAUCACAAAUGGGUUUAUCGUAGUUGCAUUGUUGGUUAUACUAUUGUACUAUUUUGUCGGCGUCUAUUACUUAAGUGGUUCUCGUGAAUUAAAAAGGUUUGAAUCCACAACCAAAUCUCCUAUUUAUCAACACUUUUCAGAAACGCUGGUAGGCGUUACAACAAUCCGUGCUUAUGGUGAUGAAAUAAGAUUCAUGAAAGAAAAUUUAACAAAAAUCGAUGAAAAUAAUAAACCAUUCUUUUAUUUGUGGGUUGCAAAUCGUUGGCUGUGCUUCAGAAUAGAUAUAAUCGGUUCUCUAGUCAUAUUUGGUGCAGGUGUUUUAGUUUUAAUGAAUAUUAAUAAAAUUGAUUCUGGAUUGGCUGGUAUUUCCCUAACCUAUGCUAUCACUUUUACCGAAUCUGCUCUAUGGCUUGUAAGAUCAUAUUCAAAUGUGGAAAUUAACAUGAAUUCUGUUGAAAGAGUGAAGGAAUAUAUGGAUAUCGAACAAGAGCCUUAUUCUGCGGGUAUCGUAAAUGUUGACAAGUCAUGGCCUUCAGAAGGUAAGAUUGAAGUCAAUGAUUUAUCAUUAAGAUAUGCUCCUUCUCUACCGAAGGUUAUUAAAAAUGUUUCCUUUACUGUUGAACCAAAAAUGAAAGUUGGUGUGGUUGGUAGAACCGGUGCUGGUAAAUCAACCAUUAUAACUGCCUUGUUUAGAUUUUUAGACCCAGAAACUGGCUAUAUCAAAAUUGAUAAUAUCGAUAUCACAACAAUAGAUUUAAAGAAGUUACGUAAAUCUAUCACAAUUAUUCCUCAAGACCCAACUCUGUUCACUGGUACUAUUAAAUCGAAUUUAGACCCAUACAAUGAAUAUAAUGAUGAUCAAAUCUUUAAAGCCCUAAGAAGGGUGAAUCUAAUCGUAGACGGAAAUUUGAAUUCUGACGUAACUUCUGUUUCAUCAGAGAAUGUUAAUAAGUUUUUAAAUUUACAGAGUGAGAUUAGCGAAGGGGGUUCUAAUUUAUCACAAGGGCAACGUCAAUUGAUGUGUCUAGCUCGUUCUUUACUACGUGCUCCAAAUAUUAUGUUAUUAGAUGAAGCAACUGCCUCUAUUGACUAUGCCUCAGAUGCAAAAAUUCAGGGAACUAUUAGAAAUGAAUUCAAAGACAGUACUAUAUUAACAAUUGCUCAUAGAUUAAGAUCAGUUAUUGAUUAUGAUAAGAUUUUAGUUAUGGAUGCUGGUGAAGUUAAAGAGUACGACCAUCCUUAUUCACUUUUGUUAAAUAAAAAUAGCAUAUUUUACAGUAUGUGUGAGCAAAGUGGAGAACUAGAUACAUUAAUUGAUUUAUCAAAGGAAGCUUUUGUUAAUAAGCUGAACUCUAAGUAA